ACACCUACCACACGUGCGGCCGUUGAAGGAUCGGAGGGAUCCAAACGCUUAUACCAACCAACCGACGUUGUGCGUCCCGCCGAUUGGCCAAGCCUCUCGGCCAAAGGGAAAAGAGCAGCUCUGGGCUCAGCCAAUCGCGGCUCCGUACACGCUCCAGCACGUGUAGAGGCCGUUGCUCUCGGUGGGUAGUUCGCGUGCGGGUAGGAGAGCUCCCAAUGUAAGUGAAACGCCACGAGCGGAGGUAGCAGAAACGAGGGACUGGCUAAGAGGAGUUACAGCUGUGCUCACAAGUAGAGCCGUUAGUUUUUGUGGAAGUCCCCUCUGUGAGCUUUGAUUUAUUUUUUAAAAACUAGUUCAAAUAGCGCUAGCUGUCCUUUUUUAAGAGUCCAACUCUCCUCCGUCCAAAAGAUGAAUUCAUUAGGUAUUUCCUCCAAAUGGCCAUCUUAUGACUCGCUACCCUCCACUCCAAGCUUUCUGCUCAGUGAGACUGAGCAGACUGAAGAUGAGGCUGAAACCUUCUCAGAGGGAGAGGGGGACAGUGGGAUUGGAAAGUUGCCUUCCGCCGAUGAAGGAAUCUCACUUUCUGGAAGCUACAUUGGUUUACCUCCUCAUACCAAUCAGCUGCGUUUGAGAUCUCAGUGUGACCGGUCUGAAAAGUGCUCUGACACGACUAAACCUCCAGGCUCUACCCCUUCUCCUGAAGACCACACAUUAUCGUCAUCAGUGACACCAGGGGACAUCGCUUUCGCUCAGAAGUGUGCAGAUUUGCACAGGUUUAUCCAUCCUCUCCUCGAGCUGCUUCAUGGUUUAAAGACUGGCCGAUUUGACCGAGGCUUAACCAGUUUCCAGCAGAGUGUUGCUAUGGACAGGUUGCAGAGGAUUCUUGGAAUCCUACAGAAACCUGAAAUGGGUGAGAAAUAUCUUCAGAAUCUGCUGCAAAUAGAGAUGCUGCUCAAAAUGUGGUUCCCUCGGGAGGAGUUUACAUCCACAAACACACCAAACAAGACCACCACACCCAGAGUCGCAGCACACUGGAGCCAAAAUCAGCUCCACAUCCCAGUAAAGAAGAGAAAACUGAGCUGGCCAGACUCUACCCAGGCUGGCAAAGUCCCAGCCAAGCACGGAAAACACGGGAGCUGCCAUGCUGCCUUUUCACUAGACACCAUUUCCACGUGUUGGCGCGGAUCCCGUACAGAACAGAAAACUCCAGAGGAAGAAGCAGACAAAGCAGCUGGGUACAGCUGUAGCUCUGAACACGAGUUUACACACAGGACUGGCACUUUAAGCAGGCCGUCAUAUUUAUGUAGCAGGAGAGCACAUGACAAUCGGAAGCACCCUGAGAGUUCUCCGCCCUCCUCCUCAUGUGGCAGCCCAGCUACACAAGACAGCUCGGUGUCUUCAAGCAACAUCAUUACUAUAAGUGACUCACCUUAGCUGGCCUUAGCUGACCUCGCUAUCACAUGGAGGUGCCUCAGCAUGCCAGCGAGACUGAAAGCAGAGGGCGGACUCGAUUACAUAAGAAUAAAGUUGGGCGUGGAGCCAGUCUGUGAUGCUUAUAAGGAACAUUAAACCAGGAGGAGGAGAACUGUACAGAGAUGGUCAUUAACCCCUAACUAUCCAGUGUUGGGUUUUUAAUGACACCAGAGUUAUUUCAAAGUGUUUGUCUGAAUGGAUUUUUGUAUACAUUGACCUUUAAGUUAAAAAAUGUUGAAAAUA